UUUGGCUUUUUUGCAACCGCUUGCUUACAGCUGACUAAACGUAACGGCCUAGCGGUGUUGUGUUUCGCGCCAACGCCGCCAACAAGGUAAAAACUAAAAAGGCGGGCUUUCGUACGUAUCUUCGCCGAGAUAAUAACCUUUGUGUGUCUGCCAGUGUCUGCGAUCGCGGUGUACGUACAACUAUGUCACAGCCAUCAGUAACAGCAUACUUUAAUACGCGCAAACGGCAGGCGUGCGACGAGUUACGCAGUAAGUCCAAGAUUUUGCUGCUCGAGCGAGAUAACCAAGCGCAGCCAAGUGUCGAGAACUCGGAGGAGCAGGCCGCGUCAGACGGAAUAGAUACGGGAACGAGUCCGAAGAUCGUGUUGCAGAAUGCUGCCACAAAUUCGAGAGAAGGCCUUCGGGCUCGCAAUAAAGCGGUUCGCAAUAUUCAAUUUGAUUCUUCGAAAACGAUCCGCGAAAGUGAGAAAACGAGCAAACCUAAAACGCGAGGCAUUCGCUCUCGUACGUUGUCCUCUACGGACGGAAGCCAGGCGGAUAUCAGAGAUAGCUUUUUGAAGGUGGGCAACGAUCUGGAGGACUCCAAGAAAGUUCCCUUCGAGAAAAAGGGUAUGCUUAGUCCGAAGAAAAAGCCACAGACACCCAAGAAGGCUUCUGCCGUUUCUCACGUUUCAAAGGAUAACGUGAUGAAAGAGGCUGAAAGCAAGGAGCAACCUGCCAACGGUUCCCUCACCCCACCAUCAUCAAAGAAACUUUCAACGAUGGAAAGACUUGUGAAAAAUGAAAAUUUAAGUUUGGCUGACAUCAAAAGCAGAAUCAACAAAUCUUCUAGAUUGACAGAGUUGAAGGCCAUAACACGACGAAUCGCCAAUUAUCAUCAGACAUUGGAACAAAUGCAAAAACAAGAUGAGAUUAAGAAACCUCACAUUCAAAAGUUUGACAAGGUGGAACUUGAAAUUCCUGUAAGUCCACAGAAAACAUAUAAAUCUCCAACUAAGGGAUUACUGACUCCAACCAAAGACAUUGAUCUCUCCAAGAUAGCCCCCAGUCCCCAGAGGAGAAUUUUGUUUGAGCCUAAAGAAACAAGUCCAGGAAAAUCCAGUCCUAUUAAAGCAUAUCAGAAAUAUCUGUCACUGGCUGAAAGUGAGAUACCUGGAUUAGCACUGCCGUAUAACUACAGAUUUCUAGCUGAAAUAUUCAGAUGUGUAGAUACGGUUUCAGCAAUGUUGUUUAAUAGAAAAGAAUUGAUAACAUUCAAUAAAUUGAAACCUGCAGUCCAAGAAUUACUACGUCGUAAUUUUACACAGGAGCAUCUAGCUCAAAUAAAAACCAUUUAUCCCGAUGCAUAUACUUAUCAACAAGAGAAGCAUCGAAAUUUUGGUUCAGUGUCCAAGCGAGAAAAAUACGAAUUAGUUCUAACGCCUGUAGUUGAAAAAAUUAAUGGUAGAAAUACGCCUGACGCGGAUAACGUAUUGAAAACUGCGUCUGAAAGUGGUAUGAGCCCUACAAUACUGCUGGAAAGAAGGAAAAGAUUUUACAACGCUUUAUUAGAGAGAGUGAAGGAUGAACAUGAGAAAUUUUUGUUGAGCUUUGAGACUCCCAGAUUAAUGAAUAUACCGAGGGAGAAAAUAGUACGCUGGCAUCCCGAAUUUGAUGUGGAAUCUUGCAGGAAAAUUGAGCAAGCUGUAUUACCGCAACCACCUUUGGUCGAAAAACCAACUGCUAGGGAUGUUCUUGACAAAGCAAAAUCUUUGUUUAAUUGUGGUACACGUAUGGAGAAGGCAUUGCAGAGGCUCGCUGAAGCAAACCUAACUACCAAAUCCAAAUCUCCAGUUUCUACACAAGAUUCUACAACCCAAACAACAGAAGAUGGUAUUCCGAAGGUUAACAUUGCUAUUGUAGAUACUCCACCAAGUACGCCAUCCGUACAAACAGAUCAUCUCAGUACACUAUUUAAAGGCAUUCCUAAGGCUCUACUCGAGAAGGUUCGUGCUAAACAAGCGGCCAAGGCAUUAGAAGCAAUGACGAGAACACCAAACGCAGAUAAAGAGGCUGCGCUAUAUUCUAGACUUCCCGAAUUAGCGAAGCUUAUUCGCAAUAUUUUCGUGGCGGAAAAGAAGGGCGUUUUACCAAUAGAGGCAGUGAUACAAAAAUUAGACAAUUCUUUCAGAACGAAACUAACGUCGCAAGAAUUGAAGGAGCACAUACGACAACUGUGCAAGCUUUUACCUACGUGGGCCAGUAUACAUAAUGUGCGAAAGGUGGAUUAUUUGAAAUUGGAUAAAAACGUUGAACUUGCUAAAGUGAUUAAACGAUUAGAAAUUUUAGCUAAUGAUAAAGUUAAAACACCAUCCUAAUUUGUAUUGUACAUUCUGAUAAAUUCAUUUGGGAUAUCUUUGCACUUUUUAUCCUAAUAGUGAAACUAUUAUGCUAUUUAAGUUGGAAAUGUUUAAUCUUACAUACUUAUAUCUAUAUCAUGAUAAAAAGAGGAUUGUAUAAUGCAUCUUAUUAUAUAUAAUUAUGACAUUACCAUUUGUUAUUCACGCUUCACAGGACAUUUUCAAUAAAUAUGAAUCUAUGAAGUAUGAAAUAAAAUGUAACAAAUGGGAA